GCUUUGCCCUAGCCCUUUUUUUCUCUGAACUCCUUCUAUCUCUAAAAAAAGCCAGCCACCAUAUCACUCAAAUCAUAUUCUUUUUGUCAACUCCAUCGUGGAACUGACGGCGUGUAACCCCGACGGCGACGGUGGAACGCGACGGCGAGAACCCAGAUCCGACGAUCUCCGACCCGUGGGGGUCCCGAAAGUUUAACCCAGCGCACUUAAGGAUUGGAUGAUGAACUUGGGGUUCGGCAUUGUCAUCAGCGAACUCUGCUUCUCGACUAAGCUGUGAACUUGUCAAAACCUGCCCAACCUAACCACUCACCACGGAUCGAAUCAGUACAUAGGGAAGACCGGAAUAGAGGAUGGCUACUAAUAGCCUGAAGAGUAUUAUUGCUACAGCAGUCAAUAUGGGAGUGACAGAGGCAAGGGCAAGGAUAUUUGGUCAUGUACUUAACCCAACAGGUCAACGAUCAACCCACAAGCUUUUGCGUAAAAAACUCAUUGGCGAUAAAGUAUCUCAGUGGUAUCCAUACGACAUCAAGAAGGACGAUCCUCUCGUUAUGGCUCGUCAAGAACAAGAGCGCUUGUCCAAGCUUGAAAUGCUGAAGCGGCGUGGUAAGGGGCCGCCUAAGAAGGGCCAAGGCAGGCGUGCAGCCAAGCGCAAUAAGUAGAGACAAUGACUGUGGAAUUGUUCCUUCUACGGCUUUAUUAUUUUGUUGUUUCUUCUUACCUAAGUUUUAGGUUAUAGACCAGGUUCCUCAUAGUUGUGAUGACUUCUAUUACUUGCAGCUAAUAUUUACUUUGAUUUUAUCUAGUUCAUAAUUGAGCUCCUUGGUAGCAGUAGAUAUAUUGUGAAACAAAUCAGCAUGUGACGCUAUUGGGAAAACUGAUAUGUAUUAAUAGAAUGAUAAAUUUCUAUUUUGAAGAA